CAUGUUUUCAUUGACACACACGCACUGCCAUAGAAGGGGAGAGGGAGGGUUUGGAAUACACGUGAACUUUCGCGGAGUGCGCAAGACAGAAGGUGCUUAGUGUGCAAGCGAAGCAGCAGCUGAGGAGUGAGGAAGACUGUCCACAGAUUCCAGAAGGACUGAAUGCAGCACUGCUGAUCAACCAAACAUCCGGAUCCACCAGUAAGGCAGAGGGAAUCAAAGUAAAAUAAUGGAAGAACAAUCUGCAGACUUCGUCCUGGCUGACUACGCAGUCUUCGCUGCCAUGUUGUCCGUCUCUAUGGGCAUCGGACUCUUUCAGGCCCUGAAGAAGGGGUCAGGGGAAGCCACUGCUGAUGACUUCUUCACGGGGGGUCGGAGCAUGCCGGCAGUGCCCGUCGGUCUGUCGCUCUGUGCCAGUUUUAUGUCAGCAGUCCAGGUUCUGGGCGUUCCCGCAGAGGCUUCUCGCUAUGGCUUUAAAUUCCUCUACAUGUGCCUCGGACAGAGCAUCAACUCUGUGCUGACAGCUUACCUCUUCUUGCCAGUUUUCUUUCGACUGGGCAUCACCAGCACCAAUCAGUAUCUGAAGAUGAGAUUUGGUCGAGGGAUGCAGCUGUUAGGGAGUGUCCAGUUUCUGGUGGCGACGCUGCUUUACACAGGGAUUGUCAUCUAUGCACCCGCUUUGAUCCUCAACCAAGCUACUGGACUCAAUCUGUGGGUGUCUCUGUUUUCUACUGGGAUCAUUUGCACCCUGUACACAACAAUGGGGGGCAUGAAAGCUGUGAUCUGGACUGAUGUGUUCCAGAUUAUUGUCAUGUUGGCCGGCUUUAUAGCCAUUUUCAUCCAUGGCACAGUUCUGGUUGGUGGUCCUUCAGUGGUGAUGGAGAUCGCUAAAAAUGGAUCCCGCAUUAAUUUUGAUGAUUUCAGCAUUGACCCGCGACAGCGCUAUUCCUUUUGGAGCCUGUCUGUGGGGGGUGCAAUGGUUUGGCUGUCCAUGUACGGGGUGAACCAAGCUCAAGUCCAGCGCUACAUCUCCUGCAGAUCAGAAAAAGAUGCCCAGUGGGCGCUGUUUGUGAACCAAGUGGGUCUGUGCCUCAUUGUGAGCAGUGCAGCCACCUGCGGCAUCGUCAUGUUUGCCUAUUACAUUAACUGUGAUCCACUGAAGUCUGGGAGGAUCUCUGCCCCUGAUCUGUACAUGCCGUACUUCGUGCUGGACAUAUUCAAAAAUCACCCUGGAUUUCCAGGUCUUUUCCUUGCCUGUGCAUACAGCGGGACUCUGAGCACGGCUUCCACAAGUAUCAAUGCAAUGGCUGCAGUAACAAUGGAGGAUCUGCUGCGACCUCGUCUGGUCCACAUGACCCAGAAGAAAUUGAUACUCAUUUCCAGAGGACUGUCUCUUCUGUACGGAGUUGGUUGUAUCACGGUAGCUGCUCUCUCCUCCCUCCUGGACUUGGGAGUUCUUCAGGGAUCGUUCACAGUAAUGGGGGUGGUCAGCGGUCCAUUACUGGGUGUAUUCAUUUUGGGAAUCUUUUUCCCAGCAACAAACAGGCUGGGAGCGUUCUCAGGAAUCUUUGUUGGAUACUGUGUCUCUCUGUGGCUGGCUGUUGGUUCAACUCUUUACCCACCCAGUGAGGAGACCAUGGGGGUCCUGCCCAGCUACACAGGCGAGUGUGAACUCAACGUCACCCUGAACAGCAGCACUCACCAGGACCAACUCUCCAUCUCCACCCCGCUUCACCCCGAUGACCCAGGGGGCCUGCUAAACUUCUACUCUAUGUCCUACCUCUACUUCGGUGCCACGGCGACGAGUUCAGUCGUGCUAGCUGGGCUGAUAGUGAGCUAUGCAACAGGACCAACAAAGAGGAAUAAUAUUAAAGAAGGUUUGUUAUGGUGGGAUCUGAAAAAAAAGCAAGUAGAUGUCCCAUCAGAGCGCAGACCUGGAAAAAUGUCCAGAAGGUUCCCCUGUCUUCUGCACAAUGGAUGCUGGGAUAGGCGUCAGCCGAAUCUCAAUAACAAGAGAGAUACACCACAGCUUGUGCCUCUGAGGGAAGUGCAUGAAGACAAAGCAUAUGAAAAAGAAGAAGGACAAACAGAUGUUGGGAAUAAGAUUUCACUUCAUAGAGUUUAGUUGUUGGAAAACUUAACACUGUUUUAUUCCACAUUUCUAAUGAAAGCUUUUGGUAUACUAGUAAUUGACCAACAUUCAAUUUAACGCUAAACUCUUCAGACUUCUUAUGUCAGCCCAACAUUUGGAGCUUUUUUAAUAAAAAAUAUUGUUAUAAAAAAGAUGUUCCCUAAAAUGGGAUUGAAUAACAACAUCCUUUAUUAUUGAGUCAAGAAAGGUAAAAGGUGUAAAAGCACCUCCCCCAGGGGUUAUUUGAAUUCCUCAAAUGUUGAAAGGUUUUUUAUCAAGACUUUCAUUGUGACAUGUUCCAUAUCUUUAGCAAUGCACACCUGCACUUCAAUGAGUGUUAAUGUGGCAGGUGGCCUGGCGUAGACUGUGUAUGUCUGCAAUACAAUUAUUUCAACUAUUGUUUCAGGUUUAGAUGAAUUUCAUUUCAUGUUAUGCAUAAUGCAAAGGUUUCCUCUUAAAUGGUGAGUAAAGGGACAUGUUUUAUUUUUAAAUUAACACGUAUGACUCUUGACCUUGCACUACAUCAAAGUUCCUGCCUGUUAUGGCUUUCAACAAUAAAAAAAUGUGUAAAGCUAUAUAUAAAGAUGUAAAAUUAGAUCUUAAAAAAGCCAACUACUUCAUAGAUCAUUACUCAGUCCACUGCAAACUAGCACCAUCAUUGUCUAUGAUAUAAACCGAUUUACUUUGUAAGGUGCUGUUGCAUGUGAACCACAGACUGAUGUGAACAACUUUACUACGUCCUGCAGUUACAUGAAAGACUUUCUUCUGUUGUAAAAUGUUUUUGUGACAGAACAUUGUAAAUAAAAAAAGGUUUCCUUCAGCUCAACUA